ACUUGUUUUGCUGGUAUUUGUGGUCUUGUGCCAGUUAUGUGAUCUAGAGUGGGAGGGUCUCCAGAUGUGCUUCCAGAUGUGAGCUGGAGUUCUUCAGUGCAAAAGACAAAAAAUGUGCAAAACUCUUCCAGAAUACAAGGAGCUUGAAGUUACACUUAUGCAGAUAAUGGCUUCAUGAGCACUGGGAACUGUGGAAUAAAGACUUGAAUCUGUUUUGUUUCAAACAGGAAUGAGAGUUGAAUGAGGAGCUGGAUGACAAUGGAAGCCACUUUGUCAAACAUCACGCUGGCAUCCUGAUUGCUUAGCCGUGGAGUGACAACCUUAUCAAUCCAACGUGUGCAACAUGUGCUGGAAAUCACACAGCCAGCCAUGAAGCAUGCUAUCUGGAUUGCAUGUUCUUAGAGGGAAACGUAGCGAAAAAUAGGCACCUUAUUCUUUGGUCCGAUUUCGCUUCCUCGUACGGCACGGAUUGCACAUGACCGUAGCGAUUCUCUUCACCUGCCUUAGGACAGAAGAAUAUUGUGUUUAAUUAAAAACACAACCCGCCCACUCACUAGAUAUCAGCCACGGUUUCCAAGCUUGUCAGUUUUACACGGUUUACUUUCAAUCUGCGGAGGAAACUAAUGUCUGCCAGUAGUAGCACCUCUCCUCUGACCUUACCUAAACCCUUCGUCCACUCUCAGCAUCAGACUGCACCCCCAACCCCCUCUCCAUCACCCAGCCCUCCGGUGCCACUCUGUGUCCGUCUCUCCAAUGGGAAUCACAGCGUUCCGAGCCCCACCAGCUCCCUCCACGGAGUGUCCUUCCUCCUUCAGAUCGGACUUACUAGGGAGAUGGUCACCCUGGAGCCACACGAUCUGUCCCUCAGUUCUGUGAAGGAUUUGGUCUGCUCCAUAGUCGAUCAAAAGUUCCCAGAAUGUGGAUUCUUUGGCUUGUACGAUAAGAUCUUGCUCUUCCGCCAUGAUCUGAACUCGGACAACAUCCUCCAGCGGCUAACAUCGGCAGAGGAUAUCCAUGAGGGAGAUCUGAUUGAGGUCGUCCUGUCCGCUCAAGCUACAGUGGAAGACUUCCAGAUCCGACCCCAUGCGCUUUACGUCCACUCCUACAAAGCGCCCACCUUCUGCGACUACUGCGGAGAGAUGCUGUGGGGACUCGUCCGACAGGGCCUCAAAUGUGAAGGAUGUGGCCUGAACUAUCACAAACGAUGCGCCUUUAAGAUCCCUAACAACUGUAGCGGUGUAAGGAAAAGACGUCUUUCUAAUGUGUCUCUGCCCGGCCCGUCGCUGUCUGUUCCUCGUCCUGCUCCAGCAGAGCAUGCUGUCGUGAGCCUGGAAGAGCAGCGCCCCCAUCAGGAGCCAGGUAAGCGGAUACCGUCAUGGAGCGGCCGGCCAAUCUGGAUGGAGAAGAUGGUGCUGGGGCGGGUGAAGGUCCCUCACACCUUUGUCAUUCACACCUACACCCGCCCCACCAUCUGUCAGUACUGCAAACGUUUGCUCAAAGGGCUUUUCCGCCAGGGCAUGCAGUGCAAAGACUGUAAAUUCAAUUGCCACAAGCGAUGUGCUUCAAAGGUACCGAAAGACUGUCUUGGAGUCUUCAAUGGAGAGCCGGCCAGCCCAGGUCCUGACUCUGAUACCACGAUGGAAGUAGACAGCAGUGAUGUGAACAGCGAUAGCAGUCGUGGUCUGGACGAUUCAGAGGAACCUACCACUCCAGAAGACAAGAUCUUCUUUAUGGACUCCCCCUUCAUGGACCGUGAGAAGGAUGAAGAACCUGUGAAGACCAUCAGCCCCUCUACCAGCACCAAUAUCCCCCUGAUGCGUGUGGUCCAAUCCGUCAAACACACCAAGAGGAGGAGCUCCACUGUGGUCAAAGAAGGAUGGAUGGUGCACUACACCAGUCGAGACAAUCUUAGAAAGAGACACUACUGGAGACUGGACAGCAAGAGUCUGACUCUGUUUCAGAAUGACUCAGGAGCCAAAUAUUACAAAGAGAUUCCCCUGUCAGAGAUCUUGCAGGUGGAGGUUGCGCAUGACUUCAGUAGUUUAGCCCUGGGUGGCAAUCCGCACUGCUUCGAGGUCAUCACCGCCACCAUGGUGUACUACGUAGGGGAGAACACCGGCGGCCCCCACCUCCACAUCCACAACCCUGCGCUGGCUGCCGGUGGCGUGGGGCUGGAGGUGGCCCAGGGCUGGGAGAGGGCCAUCCGCCAGGCCCUAAUGCCCGUUCCUGUAACACCUCAGCCCAGCGUGGGCGCUGCUGCGGGACAGAGUAAAGAUCACAAGGAACUGUCCAUCAGCAUUUCUGUAUCUAACAGUCAAAUCCAGGAAAAUGUGGACAUCAGCUCAAUCUAUCAGAUCUUUGCUGAUGAAGUGUUGGGUUCUGGACAGUUUGGCAUCGUUUAUGGAGGGAAACAUAGAAAAACAGGCAGAGAUGUGGCCAUCAAAGUAAUAGACAAGAUGAGAUUCCCCACCAAACAGGAGAGCCAGCUGAGAAAUGAGGUUGCCAUUUUACAGAAUUUGCAUCAUCCUGGCAUUGUAAACCUGGAGUGUAUGUUUGAGACUCCAGAGAGAGUCUUUGUUGUCAUGGAGAAACUCCACGGUGACAUGCUGGAGAUGAUUUUGUCCAGUGAGAAGAGCAAACUUCCAGAGCGCAUCACCAAGUUUCUGGUCACACAGGUUUGCAAAUAUCUUUGUUUUCUUCUGUCCUUGCAAAUCCUAUCUAUCUCUGUCUAUCCAUCCAUCCAUCUGUCCGUCCGUCCGUCCAUCUAUCAGUCUAUCUAUCUAUCUAUGUAUCUAUCUGUCUGUCUGUCUGUCUGUCUGAUCAUCGGGGAAAAAUCUUUUCGCCGCUCAGUGGUGGGCACACCAGCGUAUCUGGCCCCAGAGGUGCUGCGCAGUAAAGGCUACAACCGUUCCCUGGACAUGUGGUCAGUGGGAGUCAUUAUCUAUGUCAGUUUGAGUGGCACCUUCCCCUUUAAUGAGGACGAGGACAUUAACGACCAAAUCCAGAACGCAGCUUUCAUGUACCCACCAACACCCUGGAAAGAGAUCUCUGCAGAAGCUACAGAUCUGAUCAACAACCUUCUCCAAGUCAAGAUGAGGAAGCGUUACAGCGUGGACAAGACCCUCAGUCAUCCGUGGCUACAGGACUACCAGACAUGGCUCGAUUUGCGAGAGUUUGAGACGCGCCGAGGGGAACGCUACAUUACUCACGAGAGCGACGAUGCACGCUGGGAAAAGUACUCUUACGAGCACAGUCUGGUGUAUCCGAAGCACUUCAUCAUGGCUCCAAACCUCGAUGAUAUGGACGAGGACCCCUAGUGGCCAUAUGAGCCGAACUGAAAACGAGGUCAGAUGAAGGCGGCGACCUGUUAAUGGUCUGUUGCUAUGGAGAUUGAAACGCAUCAGCAAUCUGAAGCAGACUUUGAGGGGAGCAAACUGUUACAAAGCCAGCGAGGUCGACCGCUCUCUGGAUGUCAACACGAGUCAUCCACACUGCUAAUGAAGAUGAAGGCUGUUUCAGAGAGUGGAAAUGCAGUAUUCGUGGGGAGUGCAUUCAGAAGUCUUAAUGACUCUUCUUUUCCAAACGGUGCUGUUAUGUUUGUUUCUUAUCGAGGUGUGUGUUCCGAAUGUCAGAAACUCGCGUUACAAUAAUAUAAAGGUUAGUAACAGAUGUGAAUAUUGGGGAGAACGAUGCAGUUGUUUAUAGUAGUUUCAUUUUGAAAGCAUCAAACUGGAACGUGCGUUUUUGAAAUUCCUAUUCUAUGAUUUUCGAAUUCGUUUUGUCCUUAAAUAUAGGUUACACAGCAGACUGAAUGAUUUCAAAAGGGUCGUUUUUUUGCACUAAACAAUACAACCACUGCAGCUGGUACAAUUAAAUGAAUUAUGUGACGUAACAGUACACCAUUCUUGAAGAAUCCAGAAGAUGGCGCUUGUGUCGGACAGCUACACUCAAGCUCUGAAUGGGAAGGAAUGGGAAAUAUUAUCUUCAGCGGAUAAAGACAUUCGCGUCAAUCGUGACUCUUGUUCUUACGUCGUUUUAGAGCUGAUGUUCUCAGAGCCAUUCUGUUUAUUUAUUCCUCGUACUGCAGUCUUAAAAUCUAAUAGCAGCUAAGCAGUGCAGAAAGAUGUGUCGGUCAAAAGCCUACUGUGAGAAAACUUUAUGACUUAUUAGCAAAGCUCUUUUAAUACAAAAAAGUAAUGUAUUGAAAAUAACUGCUAACAACUUUUUAUUAGAAGAAGAUGAACAGUGUUAUAUCCUUUUUGUUCCUUUCCUUUUUUCUUUUUUUUAAUAUGGUAUGUAUUGUACUCAAGAAUGAACCUUUCUAUGAAUCCCAGAACUGGAAAAUCUGAAAAAUAUUUUUGGUAAUGGACUUUUUGUUGUUGUACAAACCACCUACAAUAUUAAAAUUAAGCUGGAUCCUCUAUACACACACACAACCUAGUGAAAAUGAGCAAAUAUGACGGGAAAAGAAGCCAUUUUUAAGUAGUUUCGUUUCAUUGUCCAUGAAAUGAAAACUGUACCAUACACAAUGAAAUAUGGGAGAAACAGAUUGAGGAUUCCUCUGAAUCAUCACAUCUUGAUCACUAUGUUGCCGCUGGAUUGGCAAGUGUAAGUGUUCUGUAUAUUUUAGCACAUACUGGUUCAAUAAAAGCUAUACACUCCAUGUGUUUGGGGUGAUUAUUCAAGGUUUCGGAUUUGCUGAUGGUGGAGGAGAGAUCUGACAAAAUUAAGUUUUUGACAUUUUUGCAGGUCAUGAAAUGAUCAGCAGACCCAAUAGACCUGGGCAUGUCUGCACCAGAAUAUCAUGAGGAGUUUCACACAUACAGCCCUUUACACAAAAGUACUGCUAUAUUUUUGUUUACAGAUCUUGUGUGAACAAGACGAAUAUCGGUUCUGGCAACUUGCUGUGCUUCACAAGUCAAUCAUCACUGUAUUGCAUUGCAUUAUAUGUUUUGAUAAUAAA